AUGCAGCUGGCAGGAGGAGAGACAGCUGGCCAGCUACGGGUGACCCUGCUGCCCACACCCAACAGCAGUGGGCUGAGCCAGGAGUUUGCAGGCCGUUGGCCCGAGAGCCCCGCGAUGUCCCCAUGCGUGGCUGGGGUCAUCCCUGUCAUCUACUACAGCGUCCUCCUGGGCCUGGGGCUGCCUGUCAAUCUCCUGACCACAGUGGCCCUGGCCCGCCUCGCCGCCAGGACCCGGAAGCCCUCCUACUACUACCUUCUGGCGCUCACAGCCUCGGACAUCAUCACGCAGGUGGUCAUCGUGUUCGUGGGCUUCCUCCUGCAGGGAGCCGUGCUGGCCCGCGAGGUGCCCCAGGCUGUGGUACGCACAGCUAACAUCCUGGAGUUCGCUGCCAACCACGCCUCGGUCUGGAUCGCCGUCCUGCUCACGGUGGACAGGUACAGCGCCCUGUGCCACCCCCUGCGCCACCGGGCCACCUCGUCCCCAGGCCGGGCCCACCGGGCCGUCGCCACUGUCCUGGGAGCUGCCCUGCUCACUGGCAUCCCCUUCUACUGGUGGCUGGACGUGUGGAAGGACGCGGACCCGCCCAGCACGCUGGACGAGGUGCUCAAGUGGGCUCACUGCCUCAUUGUCUAUUUCAUCCCCUGUGGCGUUUUCCUGGUGGCCAACCUGGCCAUCGUCCGCCGGCUGCAGCGGAGGGGCCGGAGCGGGCCGCGGCCCCAGGUGGGCAAGAGCACCGCCAUCCUCCUGGGCGUCACCACACUCUUCGCCCUCCCCUGGGCGCCCCGCACCUUCGUCAUGCUCUACCACCUGUACGUGGCCCGCGUCCACCACGACUGGAGGGUCCACCUGGCCCUGGAUGUGGCCAACAUGGUGGCCAUGCUCAACACCACCGUCAACUUCGGCCUCUACUGUUUCGUCAGCAAGACUUUCCGGGCCACUGUCCGAGAGGUCUUCCGGGACGCCCACCUGCCCUGCACCCUGGGGUCACAGUCAACGGGCAUGGUGGCAGAGCCUACGCUGAAGCCUCUAGGACUCCCCAGGGAGGCAGAGUUGUAG